AUGUUACCUAAAGCUUUCAUGAUUACCCUAUUGAUCAAUUAUGCUUAUACACAUCAUCACUACCAUGAUGAACAUUUAGGUUUGACAAGGAGGAAUGAACGCAAUAGAGUUCGAAGGUGUUUUUUGGAUUAUUGGCGACAAAGAAAUCCAUAUAAACAAAAUAUACAACAAGAACAAGAUGAACAAAAUGUACCGAAUUUUGAUUACAAUUACCCAUAUAAUAUGUAUAAUCCUUACUUGUGGAAUCCAUUUUUUAAUCCAGGAUACCCAAAUGCAUGGUAUCCAAAUGCUCAGGGCGUACCAUAUCAACCUAAUUUAAAUCCAUCUAAUCCGACUACGGCAUACCCAAUAUAUCAGGAUAAUAUUAACCCUUCAUUUGAUCCAAACCAAGGUUAUCCAGUUAAUGUAAAUAUAGGCAAUUCUUGGGAACAACCAUAUCCAGAUAACUCAGCACCGAAUCAAGUAGGAAAUUGGGAUCCAUAUUAUGAAUCUAAUCCACAAAUAGGCAAUUUAAAUGAAUUUAUGCAAAGUCAAAACCAAUCACCUCAAAACUGGAAUCCAGUGGUCGCUUAUCAAGACUCGCAGCAAUCAAAUUCAAAUAUACCUAGCCAAAUAACAAAUAGCCCUAAUCAAAAUUUCGAACCGCAGAAUAAUCUACCUAUUGAAUCCAAUGCACCCAAUGAAUUACAAUAUCCAGUUGAUAACCUCUUCCAAUCACCUCAAGAGGAAUUGUUACUGCAACCGAGUCAACAACAAAGUGUUGCUGAACAAGUACCGAUUGUAGAAGAAAACAAACCAACUUCAGAUCAAGAAUUUAAUAUUCCAGUUGAAGAACCAGCAAAUCCAGUCAUCCCUAUCGAAUCGCCAAUUGAUAUACCAUCGAAUAUACAACAAGAACAGGAUAUAAUUCCAUUAAAUCAGGAACUUGAAACAACUCCAUUAGAAUCAACAGCUAUAGAAUCAAUUAUUCCUGAUGAACAAAAAUAA